AUGGUUAACAGCCUCUGGUUCAAAUGGAAAGGCCUCCGGCUACCCUGGCGGAAAUCCUUUUUGGUCGGCCAGGAUCUCGCCGGAAACACCUUUUGGGAAUUCAAAGAUCAACUGAAUGCCGGUCGAUACAGGCGGAUCGUUAAAUUUGAUCCCAAAACGCAUUACGGAGAUGUUCAGGUUACUCCGCAAUGGCAUCAAUGGCUCCGAUACGUCCGACCGACACCCCCGAGUAUUGAGGAGCAGCGACAAGACCUGGUUCGCCAGGCGCAAAUGAAAGAACUUGCCCGACUCGCCGACGAGCGCUGGGCUAGCAAACCCUCCUUCCUUGAUAAACCGAAGACUCAGCAACAGACCCCAGAGAUGGGAGCGGGACCCGCGACUACCAAUGCAAACACUGGCCCGGUUCCUGUCUCUGCCGAUGCGCCUUCAUCUUCUGCCCGGGCACCACAGCCUGAUUCUACAAGAACCCCCCCGACGACCCGCAAGGAAGAGAACCCGUGGGCAAAGGCAGAUAGACAGGUCCCUGGCGGUAACUACCAGCCUGAGGCGUGGUCUCCUACUUCCAAACGGUGA